CCUAGAUGGCAGUCCAUUUUAGGCAGUGUAAUGGGGGCCCGCAUCAUGUGGUCUCAGGUCUCAUCAUGUGAUGUUUGGAAUACCGCGUUGGGCAUCUUCCGCUCCAAUAGUCUCCCUGCGUGGCGUUGAUUGUCGCGGUUUUGCUUGUUUCUUGGGUCAUCCAGCAUUUCUGGGCCUUUGUUAUCGGGCGGUCUGGAGAAAGUUGUUGGUACUUAUACCGGUCUUUGUGGCCAAAUUUUUCUUCUUUCUCACCUCCAUCUCAGUCUCUGGAGCUAUUUCCUAGGUCAAUUGUAUCAAUUCGUCUAAUUGUUUUUCUUAAGUUCUGUAAAGAUGUUGCGGUGGUACCAGACGAAGUUGGCAAAACAGCCUAUCCUCACAGCCAGCGUCACCAGCUUUGUGCGUCCAUCUCUCUC